UACCCGAAACCCAAGCUGCAGGACACCAGAAGCCUCUACAGGGGAUAUUUUUAGUGUUCAUCAAGGUACACUGGUGUAUGGAAGCAAAAUAGUUUGAAAGGCUAGCUAGUUAAACUUCUAAAGAGAAGAAUAAAAAUUUAACUUGAAUUGAAUAAGAAGUUGGAAGACAAGUUCCUUUGUCUUCUCAUUUUUAAUUUCAUGUUUGCCCUUUCUGCAACACAAUAUUCCUUUUGCUCAAAAGAUAGAUUGAAAAAUUAUAGUACAUCACUAGAAAUCUGGAACACUCCAAUUAUGGCCAGUCUCGGAAUAUCCGUCCAGAAAUAUCUUACCAUUUCAUCUUCACUUUGCAGAAAAUGCUUUUUACUUUUACCCGCACGUAGCUAUUGAAAACUGCAACAGCUUGACAGGGUGACAUCCGCCCUCCCACAUGUCACUCUCUAGCCAUGUCCAAGACUGGUAUGAGUUACUUCCAUGCAAUCAAUCAUCCACUUUUGACUUUGAUUUGCAGAAGAGUGAGGAGAAACGAAUAUUACAGGAAAAAGAAAAGGAAAGGAAAGUAACAUUAGAUAAGAGAAUGGCUCCCAAGCGUCGAGCAAAUGUUGUAGUGAGAUCUACUAAGAAAAUUGUUCAAGAAACUGUUCAAGUAGCUGUAGUUCAACAACCAGAGGGAGACCGUGGUGAACAAGAACCAAUGAAGACGGUUCCUGUUGAAGACAUAGCGUACGACGAAGAAAGGAUAAUAACUGAAAUUUCUGUUGAAGGGUUAAGCAAAGACAAAGCGCAAAAAGAACCGCACACAGUUCAAAUUCCAGUGGAAGCGCCAGGCAAAAACAAAGUGCAAAAAGGACAGGAGCCAGAGCAAGUUCCUACUGAAGAACCAAGCAAAGACAAAGCGCAAAAAGAACCUGCGAAAGAACCAGGCAAUGAGCCCUCCAUAGCCUCAGAAGAAGCAAGCGAAGAAGCAAGCAAAGCUUUGGAAGUAGAAGAGCCUCCACUAAAGAAAGAAGCUGAAAGGAAGGAAAAGACAGGGGCCCAAGAAGGAGAAGAGAAAAAAGACGAAAAGAACGGGGAGACUCGAGAAGGGAAAGAGAGCAAUGAAAACCGCAAGAGAAAGAGAGGGAAGAGAAAAGAAUUCGAUGGCAAUGAAGCGUACAAGACAUACGUGUUCAGGAUACUAAAGCAGGUUCAUCCAGGGAUGGCGAUUUCCUCCAAGGCAAUGUCAGUGAUUAACAGCCUGAUCAAUGGCAUGUUCGAGAGGAUUGCAGAUGAGGCGACCAAGCUCUCCAAGUACAACGAAAGAAGGACACUGUCUCCAAGGGAGAUUCAAGGGGCGGUGAGAUUAGUUUUGCCUGGAGAGCUCGGAAAACAUGCUGUGGCAGAAGGCAGUAAAGCUGUCACUAACUACGCAUCCUACAAUGGGAAACGGCCCAAGUUGAAUUAACUAUUGCUGGUUUUUUUACUUUGUUGUAAUGUAAUUAACAGCAUAACCACUCUUCUAGGAUGCUGCUAGAUUUUAGGUUUGAUGUUCCUUGCUGGCCCCUUUGCAUUUUGUUUUUGUACCAUAAUCGAAAGGGGGUUGUAAUUGUCAGUUUGUGGCCAGUUUGGUUGGGUUUCUACGAAGCCUUCAGUUUGUUGUUUUGCUGUCUGGUACAUGUCCCUUGUGAGUGGACAUGCUUUCUACUGCUGCUUCUACGCUACUUUUUA